UGGUUAACCGCUAAUACAACUCAAAGAAGAAGAAGACGAAAACGACGCUCACAAACCCCCCUAAACUGUAGCAACUGAAACUGAACAUUUUGUUUUUAUGAAACACAUUUUACCUAAAAUUAGACUAACUUUACAGUUAAAUGAAUUUAGACAAACGAAAUAACUUGCUCUAGUUAACGACGACGAGUUACAGCUAACGAUACAUGAUAACAAAAAUAUUAGCUAGCCGCUAGCUAGCAUUAGCUGUCAGCGAGCCAACUGACGUUAGCUUUUAGCGUUUAGCUUCUGCAAAUAAUUCUGACGUUGCUUGAGUUUAGCGACAACGUUUAAAAGCCAAAAAACAAUGUCGGACGACUAUGAGUUCAGCGAUGACACGACCAUGAUGAGAAUGGAAGAGGACGGGGAGGCAAACAGUGACGAGCCGAUGUCUGCAGCCGGGGACUGUGGCCUGGUGGGGGGCGAGGCCGAGGGAUCAAGAAUUGACGCCAGUAAAAACGAGGAAGAUGAGGGUAAGAUGUUUGUAGGAGGGCUCAGCUGGGACACGACUAAGAAGGACCUGAAAGAUUAUUUUUCCAAGUACGGGGAGGUUGUAGACUGCACUUUAAAACUGGACCCCAUGACUGGCCGUUCACGGGGCUUUGGCUUUGUGCUCUUCAAAGAACCAGACAGUGUUGACAAGGUCGCCACACAGAAGGAACAUAAACUCAAUGGAAAGGUCAUUGACCCCAAAAAAGCCAAAGCCAUGAAGAGCAAGGAGCCCGUAAAGAAGAUCUUUGUUGGUGGUCUCUCUCCAGACACUCCUGAAGACAAAGUCAGAGAGUACUUUAGUGCCUUCGGAGAGCUGGAGUCAAUUGAACUUCCCAUGGAAAACAAAACCAACAAAAGGAGAGGCUUCUGCUUCAUCACAUUCAAAGAGGAGGAGCCAGUAAAGGGCAUCAUGGAGAAAAAGUACCACAAUAUUGGACUAAGCAAGUGUGAAAUAAAAGUGGCAAUGUCCAAGGAACAGUAUCAGCAGCAGCAGUACUGGGGAGGCCGAGGUGGAUACCCAUCCAGGUCUCGAGGAAGAGGCGGUGGUCCCAAUCAGAAUUGGAACCAGGGUUAUGGCAACUACUGGAAUCAAGGCUAUGGGAAUUAUGGCAAUUAUGGUUACAAUAAUCAAGGAUAUGGAGGAUACAGUGGCUAUGAUUACCCUGGUUACAACAACUAUUAUGGAUAUGGUGACUACAACGAUUUUGCGCCCCGCUUGUAGAUGAAUCUGGUGGAUAUGGCAAGUCGCCACGGCGUGGCGGUCACACCAACAGUUACAAGCCAUAUUAACGGAGGAAACUCAUCUUCAAGUAGGUAUGUAAAGACAAAACAAUACACCUCGUACUUUAAACUUAAGGUAGUUAUAUUUACUUUGCUGUUUUGGUAACAUUAUGUUUAAUUUCCUCUUGUAAAUUUCUUUUUCUCAGCACCCUCAAGUGCUUUACAGUAGUGGUAACAUAGAGGCUACAGUCUUGUGGCGAUUAUUUUAACAGCUGGCCUUCUGCUGCCUCUUUUGCACCUUCUUUUUUUUUAAGUGUAAAGUUAACAGGUAAAGUACUGAUACUACAGUAAAUGGAUGCCAAAAGUUAAGGAUGUGCAAGGAAACAGAAAAGGAAGUAUGUUGUCUCCUAACUCUGACAUACCUUGUUUGUACCUGCCAGCGGAGCUUCCUUGCAGGCCAUGAGCUGACUCCCAGAUACUCUCAGGGCCCGCUCAAUGCGGACCGGGUACGAGAAGCAUACGCUCUCGAAUGCUGCCAUUUGGUAUGGUCUUACAACAUCCUGUAUCAGCAUUUCUAAUCUAAACAAUAUGGGACACGUCCAGCUUUGUCAUCUUUCUUUCCAUUUUACUUUCUUUGCAACUGUUUUUUAAUAAUGUAAAACUUAAAAUAUACACAUGUAAUUGUCAUUUUUGUUACAGGCCCUUACUCCCCCACAAGUAAUGAUUUAUAAAUAUGUAAAAAUAACUAUUUGCUUUUCAAAGGGUACUACGUACAGCAUUCUCUGGACUUUCCAGUUCCUAUUGUUAAUAUAUGCAUUCCUAAUCUUAUCUAAAAUGCUUGUUUCUUUAUUUAGCUCUUGUAGCCAGUAAGUCCAUGAGCUAAAACCUGGUUCGUAUUUGGACGAGACUGUUGGGGGGAGAGAUAAAGUGCUUUACGUUGUGUACAUGUAUUGCUCUGUUUUGUCUUACUGACAGCGAUGGAAAAAGACUCCUCGUUUUGUUAAUUUUCCUGUAACAAAUUUUCCCUUUUAUAACCUUUUUGUAAAAGAAAGAAGUUUCCAGAAAUUUGCAUGUAAUGUUUUCUUUAAUGUGUAUUAUUUUUUUUUUUUUUGGACCGAUUGAAGGUUUCUUCCAUUUAGUAUUUUGACUUCUUCAAUUUAGAUUGCACUUAAGGAUUUCUAGCUUAUGGACUAACUAUUAUGUUUGUUUUUUAAACUGUAAAAUAAUUGUUCUCAGUUUUUUAAAUUUAUUUUUGACAUUGGACAUUAUAAACACGGGGGAUUCCUGUUUUAUUUAUAGUUUUAGCAGGUUUUGGUUCAUCUAUAGCUGAUCUGUUGUGUUUGUUUUUCGUAGGUUUCAGAGUGAUGAAAGACAGAGCGCUGGUGGAGCGUUGGCCAGAGAGAUGAUGGUAUCCAGCAAAGGUCACUAGCUGACUGUAAGAAACUAAUGAAGAGCACUAUGACCUACACUACAUUUCCUCUAUAUUUCCCGGAGUAUUUGUUGUAUCUCAAAAGUUUGGCUGUUUUGCAUUUAUUUAGAUUGCUGCAAAGUUUGGGCAGUUUUGCGUUCCUAAUUCUCUCUUGUUUUUGUAUUUAAUGUUCUCAAAUGCUAUUUGUGAAUUGCUUCAAUUAUUACAUAACAGAAAUGUUAGAUUGGUUGGAACAGAUCACACACACACACACACACACACACACACACACACACACACAUACAGUAUUGUAGUAGCAAAGAAUGCAUAAAAUGCGUUGUUACAAUUUCCUUUUUAUCGUAGUCAUCAGUCAUAUAAUACAUAUGUCAUUACAGAGUUUGACAGUCAUAAACAGAAUAUAUAUAUAUAUAUAUACAGCUAAUUGGACAUAAAGAAAUACAAUAAAAUAAAAAUAAAGACUCAUUUUGGGUAUGUGAUCCGUUGUGAAAUAGUAUUACGUCACAUUGACUGUUGGAGUGUUCAUGAAGUAUUUCAGCCAAGUUUCAACAAUUUAAGCUCUAAUUUGCAUCAUGUCAUCAUAAGCUUUAUCGCAGAGCAGCCUAACCAAUAAGCCUGCAGGUGUUACAAAAUCAUCUACCCUUUUGAAUUUACAUAAAUAUUUCUUGAAAUGUCCGUUUGUUUGAGCUGAAAUGAUCUGAGACUCUCUCACGAGAGCAAUUACACGCAAAAUAAAAGAGGUGAGCUU